AUCACAUACACAGAAUCCUCAUAACAUCGGUUGGGUAUUUCCUCCCCUAAAUUCAAGAAUUUACUCUGAGCAUUAUAAUAACUUAUGGAAAAGGGGAAAAUGUCGCAACAACAGCCCGUAACAAGACAGCAGAAGAUAUAAUCGUCGAUAAACCCGAGAUGGCUAAUGAUAGCGCAAAUAAGAUAGCAGCAGCAAAAUAACCCUAAUUUCGUGAGGUGAUAAAGGAGGAAUUGCGAGAGGCGCUCACAGGCUUACGAUAGGAACUUUGAGAAGAUGUAAGAAAAUAACUAAAUGAGUUCAAGAAGGACACUAACCAUAAACUUGAAGAAAACAAAUCAGAACUUCACAGCAUAUCUACAAGAAUGGGGGACGCAGAACAGCGCAUUUGGGAAACGGACACAUGGAACUUCGCAGUCAAGGAAAUACUUGAACAGUCACUGAAAAGCCAACACGCACUACAGGCAAAAGUGACAGAACUCGAAGGUUUCUCACGUCGAAACAACAUUAGACUUUAUAACGUAGUAGAGAGCGCAGAAAAAGACUAAGCCCAAAUUCGUGGAGGGUCGAUUCAAGGACAUAACUUACUUGAAGACGACACUGACCUAGGAAUCGAGGGAGCACACCGAGCUCUGGCCUCAAAACCCCCCAGCGGCGCCCCACCAAGAUCCAUAGUAGUACGGUUCCUAAAAUUCUCAGUCAAAGAGAAAGUCUUACAUGCAACCUGGAAAAAGCCUGUUAACGAGUGUUCUUUGAUCAUGACUACGUGGGAGAGAAACUGAAAAGAAGUAAAGAAUACACCCCCAUUAAGAAAGCACUUAAAGAGAAGGGUAAUCGCUUCCAAACACCAUUCCCGGCAGAAAUGUGGGUAUUUCUGGAAAAAUGGCCCGGUUACAUACGAGCAUGAAGACGAGGCGGCUGAGGGCCUGAAGUCGAGGGGCUUCCCAGUGGAGUAUACCGCCAGGAGAAAGGCGACAUCACCGGCGGAAAGACCCGAGCAGGCUCUCCCAUGGAUCGUUGUCGACAAGCUGAGUCAUGAAGAAAGAGGGAAACCACCUCGGCGAGAGGACGUUCACAUCCGAGAGAGACUCAGGCAUUUCCAACGCGAAGAUGGAAGACACUGAAUUGGAUUUAACAGAAUUAAUAGUUACCGCAAGCUGUUAAGACGUUGGGUUGUUAAGUUUAACAUUGCAAUAGGUAAAAUGCUGAUCAAGGUUGAGUACCCAAAAGUAUGUGUUCUUUAUGAACACAUUAAGUAGCGUCACGUUAAUAACAUAUAUAUAUUAGCUAAGGAUUAAUGACACAUUGACAACGGGGCGACAGAAGGGCAUAUUAAGGGGAGGAUUCAUGAUAUGCACGCAUGACCGAUAUAGUUUUCACUUGUAAUUAAGCGACGAAAUAGGCGCCCUUAUUAUUUUAGGUUCCACCAGGUCUUGUUUGUGACUACGUCACGCAUGUUCAUAUCUGAGCGAGGGGCCCAUCCUGCGGACAGGCUCAUCCCCUCAAACCCCAGAGGCAAGAGACAGUCCUCUGACAUGGGAGUCCAAAUACCAAAGUAUUUUCCCACUUUGGUUUACUUUAUCAUUGUUCUUGAUUUUACAUUCAUGAUAAGCAGGCACAUAUGGUGCACAUGUUUUUUUAUUUAUAUUGAUGCAUCAUCGGGAAUUUAAGGUCAUAAGUCUCAAUGUAAACGGACUGGGGAGUGCCAUCAAGAGAAGUAAGGUAAUAGCAAAGAUGAAACGGGAGAGAGUUGAUAUACUAUUCUGGCAGGAAACUCACUUAUCCACUCCCGAACCCAAGAAAAUGGGAUAUAGGAAUACUUUUUUUUCUUCUUACAAAAUGGGUAGAAGAGUUGCAAUCUUGAUCCCAAAUUCAGUUAAUUUUGAGUUUGUCAGAAAUAAAAGACUAGGGUAGAUUUAUACUUGUUAAAUGUAAACUGGAUAAAAAGGAAGUUAUAUUAUUUAAUGUAUACGCACCCCCAGGGAGUGACAUGGUCUUCUACGGGAAGGUGUUUGAUUUAAUUGUCACAGAAACCACUGGCACUCUUAUCUGUGGAGGGGAUUUUAACACAAUUCUAAACUCAAAAUUGGACAGCACAAAUCAAAAUAGGAAAAUGAGUCUAGUUGCCAAAAAGAUCAAUAGGAUAUUGCAGGAUCUAUGACUGCUCGAUGUAUGGCGGGACACCCACAAGACCGAUAAGGAAUAUACUUUUUACUCAGCCUGCCACACGGAAUUCUCCAGGUUAGACAACUUUUUUAUGUACAGUGCAGAUAGACACAGGCUUAAGGAUUGUAGGAUCGGGCAGAGCGACUUAUCAGAUCAUAAUGGAGUUUACCUUACUCUACACCUUGAUAGCAAACCAAGAAAUACUAUAUGGAGACUUAAUACAAGCAUGCUGAAUGAUCCAGCAUUCAAGUAAUCAAUAAAGACAGAAUUGAACAUCUAUCUCGAGAAUAAUGAUAAUGGGGAAGUAUCUCCUGCUACAUUGUGGGAUGCAGCUAAGGCGGUUAUUAGAGGAAAGAUCAUAGCCACAUCAUCUCAAGAAAAAGAUUAAAGCACAGAAACUGCUGAAAUUACAGGAAACCCUAAGAAACUUAGAACGAUCUCAUAGUCAAUACAAAGACCCUCUUAUAUUACGAGAGAUUCAAAAGGUAAAACAGGAAAUUGACCAGAUUUAUAGAGAAGAAGUAGAGAAAAAGCUUAGGUUCCUGAAACAACUCCCGUCAUGGAGAGAGGCCAUCAUAUCUGUCAUCCCAAAAGAGGGUAAAGAUAAGAAGGAAUGCAGUUCAUAUAGACCUAUCGCAAUUCUUAACACAGAUUAUAAACUAUAUGCAUCAAUAAUAGCCAAAAGAAUAGAGAACAUAAUCCCAGAAUUGAUUGACGGAGAUCAAACUGGUUUCAUAUAAAAUAGGCAGACACAGGACAACAUAAGGAGAACACUACAUGUCAUGGACCACAUUACCGAUGGGAUUACCUAUACCAAGUUAUGGAAAGAUUUGGUUUCAACAAAGAAGUGAUACAGUGCAUCAAAACACUGUAUUCAUGUCCAGGCUCAAGUGUACCUAGAUUGAUGGAUGUUUUACAAACAUUUGGAACAUAUUCAGGGUAUGUGCUUAACGUACACAAGACCCAAGCCCUAGUAUAUAAUUAUACUCCACAGGAAGAGCUGAAGAGUAGGUAUAACUUCCACUGAACCUCUUCAUCCAUUAAAUAUCUUGGAGUAUAUCUACCAAAAGAUACACCCAAACUUUAUUGCAUGAAUUACGAUCACAUCAACAAGAAAAUAUAUGAUGACCCAGACAGGUGGAACUCACUUCCCUUAGAUCUUAGUAGUAGAAUUGAAACAAUCAAAAUGUACAUCCUGCCAAGGUUACUGUAUUUGUUCCAAUCACUGCCCAUAGAAAUCCCACCUAAACAGUUUAGAGAUAAACGGAUAUCAAGGUUUAUCUGGAACAGUAAGAGACCAAGAAUUACAUAUACAACAUUACAACUACCAAACAACAGGGGGGGGUAUGGCCUUACCAAACCUAAAAUAUUAUUCUGUGUCAGCCCAAUGAGACCUCUGGUGUGUUGGUGCAAUUCAGAAUACGAAUCCAAAUGGAAAGACAUCGAUACUACUUUGACAGAGACACCCAUACAGAGAUACCCAUACAGUCAGUUUUGGGAAAUAAGGACAUGGUCAUAGAAAUAUACAAUAGACAAAAUCUGUGGAUUAAUUUCUCUCUGAAGACAUGGUUUAGGGUAGUUAAGCAAAAUAAUUUACAGAGAUCAAACUGCUGAGUUGGCCCGCAUACGACCCCAGCUUCAUCCCUGCAACUCAGGACAGCAUAUUUAAACAAUGGACGCAGAAAGGCAUCACAUCAUUCAGUACAAUUAUAAGGAAUGGGGACCUAGAUAACUUCCAGGACCUAAGUAAAAAAACAAAACACUAUUUCUUAAGGGAGAUAUAAGUGACUGACCUUCAAGCACCUCCAAAAUUAAUCCAAGUGUUCACUAACGCAUACAACAUGGGGAGUAACAAAAAAACUAUUUCAAAUCUCUACUUGGGUAUUCAAUCCUCAAAGAAACAUUCUACAAACUAUGUUAAACAGAAAUGGGAGGAGGAACUUAGCAUUGAAAUAACUGAUGAAACAUGGUUGAACAUAUUAGAGACUCAACAAAGCUCCACCAACUCAAGAUCAUGGAGAGAAUCCUGUUGGAAGACAGUUAUACGUUUCUUCAUAACACCUAAACUGAAAUCAAAAAAAGACUGGCUCCCUACACCCUUGUUGGAGAGAAUGCGGUCUAUUGAGGGUGGAUCACUCUCAUAUCUUUUGGACUUGCCCCGCAAUCGAAACUUACUGGGGAGAAAUAAGAUCUAACAUUGGAAAAAUAAUGGGAUUUGGCAUAGAACAAACAUUCAUUUCUUUGUACUUGGGUGAAAUACCUGAUAACUUAAACAAUAGAGAAAAGUACCUCUUGAAGGUCCUACUGGCAGCCAGUAAAAAGGCUAUCACUAGGAAAUGGCUACAAAAAGACCCUCCCACAGUGACACAAUGGAUAGACAUUGUAGAAGAAAUACACCACAUGGAGCGUAUGACCUUUGCUUUAAGAACAACAGGAGACAGGUCAGGAAUACUGGGGAAAAAGGGUUUCGUACUUGAAAAAGGUCUAAUUCAAAGAUGUCAAUGUAACUAAUAUGAUAUGACGUGCACUGUAACUGCCAGAUCUUUUUUGUUAUUUUACUUUAUUUGUACUUUGUGUUCCUACAAUAAAUACAAAGUAUUAUUUUUUUUAAGUACUGUACAGGAGGUCUGAAACCAGAUUGAUGACGUAUAUUCCAGCUGAAGGUCAAUUGAAGGAGCACCGCCUCUCACAAAUUUGGAGCUUCACUCCCACUCACUUCCUCAGCAACAGCAGGAGAAAAGAACAGCAGGGAGCCAUAGAUGUGGACAAGCCAAAAGGUCAACAUCUCAUCAGAUACUGUUCUGUCUGAGAGGACCAGAAGGUGUGGGAAGAGGAUUGUCUCUUCUCUGCCUGAGCUAGAUCUGCCCCAAGGUGAGGAACAUCAAACAGACAGAGCUGGAGCACUUGGUGAGACGAGCAACCCAGAACAGAACUCACACAGGGAGUGAGGAAGCCCUAUAUGGAUGUGAUAGACGUCAGUUGGGGAGACCCACACAGAGGAGGGCUCAAACCCUUGACUUUCGUCCGACAGGUUCUUGCAGCCUGCUCCUACCCUGAGCUGGUCCAAAGUGAUAAACUGCCAGUGGACGUUAAACAGAGGGCCCGAAGCCUACUGAGCGCAUGUGAUGGGGGGAGUGUAGGCUCAUACACACUCUCUGAUGGUAUCUCUUAUAUACAGUGCAGUGUGUCCAACUUCAUCUCUCGCCGAGAUGGUGGUGUACCAUCGUCCCCCGAGAAUAUCUUCAUGACAUCUGGCUCCCAGAGGUCUUUAAUGCUGGUUCUGAAGCUGUUGGUCCACAAUCAGGCCUCACUUCCGACAGGUGUGCUGACCGCUGUGCCCAGCUACACUGCUUUCAAAAGUGCGUUGCAAACGCUCGGUGCAGCCGUUGUUCCCUACUACCUAGAUGAGGAGCAGGGUUGGGCAAUGGAAGUGGAGGAGCUACGCCGAGCACUACAGGCUUCUAAGGGUAUCUGCAACACAGUUGCCCUGUAUGUCAUCAACCCGGGGAAUCCUACAGGUCAUGUUCAGAGCAGGAAGUGUAUUGAAGAGGUGAUCCGAUUCGCUGCUGAGGAGAGGCUCUUUCUCAUGGCUGAUGAGGUCUAUCAGGAAAGUGUGUUCGGGGAGGGCAGUGAGUUUGUCUCCUAUAAGAAGGUUCUGUCUGAGAUGGGGCCUCCUCUCUCUCACACAGUGGAGCUGGCCUCUUUCCACUCAGCAUCCAAAGGCUUCAUGGGAGAGUGUGGGCUACGUGGGGGGUAUGUGGAGCUGGUGAACCUUGACCCCGCCGUCAUGAGGUACGCCUACACCAUCUUCUCCACUGACAUAUGUGCCCCUGUGACUGGUCAGCUAGCCCUGGAGCUCAUGGCUAACCCUCCCAGGCCAGGGGACCCCUCAUACCCGGUCUACCUCCAGGAGACCCAGUCUAUCCAGGCCAUGCUGGUCCAUAACAUGAACUGGGUUCCAGAGGUUCUGAACAAUAUCCCAGGGAUCAGCUGUCAGCCGAUGAUGGGAGGAGCUUUCGUAUUCCCCAGGCUGUAUCUACCCCAAGCAGCCAUUGAGAAGGCCAAGGUGGUGGGGAUGCAGCCUGACCUGUGGUACUGUAAACGGUUACUAGAGGAGGCAGGAGUGUGUGUGCGACCGGGGUGUGAGUAUGGACAGACGGAAGGCACUCACCACAUCAGACUGUGUGUCAUGACCUCAGUGGAGACCAUGGAAGAGGUACUGAAACGCCUGAAGAACUUCCACCUGCACUUCCUCAAGGAGUUCUCCUGAAAACUGUCUUCACCUUACAGUCCAAUGAUGAAUAAUACAUUUAACUUCAGACACAAUCACAGUACAGAGAAGAAAAUUGCAACCAGUAACAUUUUUUUAACAUCUUUAUCUGUCAACAGACCAUAAUUAAAUAAUAAAUUAAGACAACACAUGACCUGAGUUGAACAAUUCUGGAUUUGGAUAGAACAAAGAUGGACGUGAGCGGCUUUUAAUAUAAUUAUUAUGCUUCAAGUCAUGCAUGUACACAGAAAAAGCAUAUUCUCCGUAUUUUGUCAAACUUCGGCAUUAGAGAAUGAAAAUACGUGUCUCAGACAGUGUAGAUCCCCUCUAAAUACUCAGAAAGACUCUUCUUAACAAUAAGAACUUUACCUUGUUAGGAUCUGCCAUUGUGGGGCAGAGAUAUUGGAACUAAGGGGAUAAGUCAAAGUUGCCAUUUUUAAGGUAAGGAUAGAUUUUGGCCAUAUUCAUUAACAUCCGAAUGUAUACUUAAAUACCAGUACCUGUAAAAUUGCAAAGUCCGUCAUGUCAAUUCAAUACUUACUAUGACUGUGAUAUGUGUUUGUCUCACCUAGCUAUCAUAAAAUGAAUGCAUUAACUGUAAGUCACUCUGCAUAAGAACAUCUGCUAAAUAACUAAGAUGUAAAAAUGAUGACAAAAAAAACGGACUUUUUAAAGCAUUGGAUGCGAUCUGUGUUGAGUUACUCCAAUGGCAUUUCAAGGGGAAUUUAGCCACCCUCUAGUUUGUCAGGAUAAAAACACUUAAUCCAAGACAUUUGUUAUUCUAUAACAAAUAACAGUUUUAAUGUCAUAUUCAAAAUGACAUUAAAAACAUUUAAAGCUGGAUGUUUUAAGUCACCUCAGAUUCUCGACCAUUCUAUUGAACACAUUACACUUUACUUACUGUGGUAUGCAUAAUACAGAUAUAGUCAAAUUAGAUAGAGAGUUUAACAAUCAGAGAUUCUAACAAUAUGCUCUGAAUAUUAACAAAAUAUCAGAAAUGUAACAGAAUUUGCAGCAUUGUAGUAUUUACAAAAUCAAAUGCCUGUGCUAAGAUCUGAAUAGCAGAUUCAAGGUUGUGUUAGUAACAACUAUCCUGCCAGCAGCACAAAUGAUGUCACUUUGUAUGGUAAUGACAAAACCUUCAAAAUAAAAGGCCACAUUCCAAAA